GCGGACCCGACUGCGCCGGCACACCUUCGCCGACCAUUUCUUUUCCACUCCCGCGCAGCGCGAUCGCGUCAAACAAUAUCCGACAACCGCAUCCGUGGAGCUUACCACAUGUGAUUUAUUGGAAAAAUGCCCUGCCUAGCUAAGUUUUUUGUGGUUGGAAUUGUCUUUAGUAUACUGCGGCUGACAUCCGUGUCUACGAAUGCCGAAAUUGAGCCAGAUGAUGAAGUGUUACACCUGAUCGGGGAGCCGGAUUUCCGUGACGUGCGGCUGCGAUGGGAGUACGGCGCUGAUGAUGAGGAGGAACCGAGACCGCUGGCCUUCCAGGUGCACUACUGCGAGCUGCAGGCCUGGGGCCAGUACCGGUGCCGAACAAAGGUGAUCGACGACGUGGAAGAGGAGAAGUCAGUGCGCACGGGCACUCCUUCACCCACUACCACCGCUGCUACCGCUGGGCGCAGCGGGCGCAAGUACACGGCGCGGAUCACCGGCCUGCGCAUGGCUACCACCUACUCCUUCGAGGUGCGCGCGGUGAAGAGAGGGGCGAGGGACCUGGCUGACCCGCAGUCUAUAGGGUCCAAGAUCAUCAUUGUGCCUACUAAAGGAUUCUCAGCGCGCGCGACCCAGUGCCUGCCGCACGCCAGCGAGGUGGAAGUGUCGACAGGGCCCUUCUUCGGCGGCCGCAUAGCGGUGGAGGCGGCCGACGGAGGCCCAGAACGGUGCUCGCUCCAGGGGAACCCCAACAGCGCACAAGACGCCUACAUACUGAGGAUAUUACACGAUGAGUGCGGCUCGGAAGUUAAUGAUACCACUGUGGCUACCUACGUCAUUGUGCAAGAGAAUUUGCCUAUCUUGACGCAUAGUACUAGACGUUUCCUUGUCCUCUGCACCUACAAGCCCGAGACGCUGACAGUCCGCGCCGGCAUCAACCUGCCCAAGUCAAACCCUGGCGAUGUCCUCUACAACACUAAGACUAGUGUUGGAUCGGUGGAGCCCUACGACAACGACGACUUCGAAUACAAUGAACUGCAACCAGCCAGGCUGCAGGCCAAGAAGGAUGAAGCUGGACAAACUAUGUACGGAGAGGUGUCGCUGGUGGUGUUUCUGGUGAUCGCGGCGUUCGGGGGCGUGGCCCUGCUCGUGUGGAAGAUGGUCCCUCAGGGCGACAAGGACAACGUCUCCAUAGCCAGCAUUUCUACUUUAUCCCGAAGCAGUAUAUUUGGAUCGCGGAAUAGAGACAGAUUUUCUGAUCAAAGCUCCGUUUAUUCCAUCUCCCUGUCCGAGACUGAUGAAGGAUGCGUGAAGAAGCCCAAAGAGAGUGACAACACGUCUGAGGCUUAAGCAAACUUCACUUGUUUUGAAUACUAACAGAGA